UGCUGAUCGCGCUUAGUAAUAGCUUUGAGUCGGAUAAGAGUAGUGUAUUUUGGUUCAGUUAUCUUCUGGAAGUUGAGCUAUUUAAAGGAUGAAACAGUUUCUGUUGAUACUUGGCGCGGUUUGCCUAACCGUGUCUGCCGUGAGCUUCGAGGAUGAUCCUGAGGCGGAGCUUCCAUCGUUUAUGCGCAUAUGUAAUCGCGAUGACCCUGAACUUGGCCAGUGCUUAAAGGACUCCAUCCAGCGGUUACUUCCUCAAUUACAUGGCGGCAUUCCUUCGAUCGGUUUUCCAUCGAUCGAUCCGUACACCCAGGAAAGUAACUACUUUGAGUACAAGAACGAUAAAAUCUUUGGUUCCCUGCACGUGCGAAAUGGAAAAUCGUACGGCCUCAGUCGGGCCCAGAUUCGGGAUGUCCGCGCCACCGCUGACGACAACUCGCUGCAGAUGGAGGUGGACGUGCUCUUCCCGAAGGUCGUUUCCGAGGGCAAAUACAAGGGCGAAGGACGAUUCAACGCGAUAAAGGUUGUGUCCAAGGGAUACUUCAAUGUUACUACUUUGGACGUCAAGGUAACUUGGAAGUUUGUUGGUCGAGUAGCAGAGCGAAACGGUGAGCAGUAUAUGAUGAUCGAGAACUUCGACAUGAACCCUGAAGUAGGAGACAUGAAGAUCUACGCCACUGGUCUGUUCCCGGAUCCAGGACUAAACCAAGUUGCGCUGGACUUUGUAAACCAAUACUGGCCGAUGCUGUACAAACAAAUGUUGCCGGAAACCAGACAAACCUGGGAACCAAUAAUGCUGGAUCUGCUGAACAAGAUGUUCAACCGAGUUCCAUAUCGAAGGCUGUUGCCGAAAUCAGAAUUUGAAUAAAGUUCUCUUUUGUUAUAAUGCUUGAAUAAAGCGAUUUUUAACCAAA